AGAAGGUUAUUGAAACUGUAUAACAGAUUACAGUGUCCCUUCUUCUCAGAGUUAGUUUGUGUGUGUGGAUGAAGCAGCCAAGAUGUCUGCCAGGGUUCUUGUAACAUUGCUGGCUGUGUCCUGCGCUGUGUCUGCUCAGUCCGAUGUGGAGAACAGGGCGAGAGAGUUUCUGAAGAGGUUCGACGAAGAGGCCACUCCGCGUAUGUACCAGUUCUCCCUGGCAUCAUGGGCCUACAACACCAACAUCACGAAGGAGAAUUCAGACAAACUGUCACAAGAGAGACAAAUUUGGGACAAAUUCUACACCCAGAAGUCAGAAGAGUCUCUGCAGUUUCCCAUCGACCAGAUCAAGGAUCCAGAAAUCAAAUUACAGCUCAUGUCCCUACAAGACAAAGGCUCUGGUGCCCUGUCCCCUGACAAAGCUGCACAUCUGAGUCACGCCAUGAGUGAGAUGAGUACAAUCUACAGCACAGCGACAGUGUGUCUCAUGGAUGACCCUCAUAACUGCCAGACUUUGGAGCCAGGCCUGGAGAAUGUAAUGGCCUACAGCCGCAACUACUCUGAGCGUCUGCAUGUGUGGGAGGGCUGGAGGAGAGCAACGGGGAAGAAGAUGAGGCCUCUGUACGAAGACUAUGUGGACCUGAAGAAUGAAGCUUCUGUUCUCAACGGUUUUGCAGACUAUGGAUCUUACUGGAGAUACAACUAUGAGACCAUUGAGGAGCACGCUCCAUAUAAGUACACCAGGGACGAGCUGAUGGAAGAUGUUGAUGCUGUAUACGAAGAGAUCCUGCCCUUAUACAAGGAACUGCAUGCCUAUGUGAGAGCCAGGCUUAUGGAGGUCUACCUCGGACACAUUGAUCCAAAGGGACCUCUGCCAGCCCACCUGCUGGGUGACAUGUGGGGGAGAUUCUGGACCAACCUGUACCCUCUGUCAAUCCCCUACCCUGGUAAAGAUGAUAUUGAUGUCAGCGAGGCUAUGGUGAAGAAGGGCUGGAAUGAGACACAGCUUUUCAAAGAAGCAGAGAAGUUCUUCAUGUCUGUAGACCUGUACGAGAUGUUCCCAAACUUCUGGGAAAACUCCAUGUUUGUGAAGCCUGAUGAUGGGCGCAAGGUGGUCUGUCACCCCACAGCCUGGGACAUGGGAAACAGAGAGGACUUCAGGAUCAAAAUGUGCACCAAGGUCGACAUGGACAACUUCCUCACGGUGCACCAUGAGAUGGGUCACAACCAGUACCAGAUGGCUUACUGUAACCUGUCCUACCUCCUGAGGGACGGAGCCAACGAGGGUUUCCACGAGGCUGUCGGAGAAAUCAUGUCGCUCUCUGCUGCGACGCCCAAACACCUGCAGAGCCUGAAUCUGCUGGAAGCUGACUUCGUAUAUGAUAAUGAGGUGGAGAUCAACUUCCUGCUGAAACAGGCGCUCACCAUCGUGGCCACGCUGCCGUUCACCUACAUGCUGGAGAAAUGGAGGUGGGAGGUGUUUGCCGGGAACAUCACCAAGGAUGAAUGGAUGAAGGAGUGGUGGCAGAUGAAGAGGGAGCUGGUGGGGGUGGUGGAGCCAGUGCCGAGAGACGAGUCCUACUGUGACCCACCUGCUCUGUUCCAUGUAUCUGGAGACUAUUCUUUCAUCAGGUACUUCACGAGAACAAUCUACCAGUUCCAGUUCCAAAAGGCGCUCUGCGAUGCGGCAGGUCACACAGGAGCCUUAUCGACAUGUGACAUUACUAAUUCUACAGAAGCAGGAACCAAACUGAGGAAAAUGUUAGAGCUGGGAAGGUCCCAGUCCUGGACCCGGGCUUUGCAAACGAUAUCCGGUGAUGUUAGGAUGGACGCCGGCCCCCUGUUGAAGUAUUUUGAAAAACUUCAUGUGUGGCUGAAGGCAGAGAACAAGAAACACAACAGGACUGUAGGCUGGGAGACAGAAAUAGAUCCAUAUUCAGAGUACGCCAUUAAAGUGAGACUAAGUUUGAAGGCAGCCAUGGGUGACAGCGCUUAUUCCUGGAACCCCAACGAGAUGUACCUGUUCAGGGCCAACAUUGCGUAUGCUUUGAGGCAGUACUACAGCCAAAUGAACAAGACCAUUCACUUCACAGCAGAGAAUGUCAUCGCGUGUAAAGAGACUCCCAGGAUCUCUUUCUACAUUGUGGUCACCGACCCUGCAAGUCCUGCCAUAUUUAUCCCAAAGCAUGAAGUGGAGGCUGCCAUACGGUUAAGUCGAGGCCGAAUCAACGAUGCCUUCCAGUUGGAUGACAAGACGCUGGAGUUCGAGGGUAUCCCAGCAACACUGGCCCCUCCUGUAGAGCAGCCGGUGGAGGUGUGGCUGGUGGUGUUUGGGGUGGUCAUGGGAAUUGUGGUGCUAGUGGGCACCUACCUUGUCAUCUCUGGUAUCAGAGAGCGCACAAAGAAACCUGAGCUGACAGAAGUUGUGGAGAAUCCGUACGAUACAAACAUUGAUGGACAAACUAACAAAGCCUUUGAGGAGAGCGAAGAUGAACAAACUGGAUUCUGAGUCCGCUGGAGAACAGAGGGAAGGUGUCGUCACUGCUCACCUCUUACCAGAGAACUGCUGAAUGUGAAAGUUUUAGUUUGUGGAGUCAUUUUAUAGUUAAUACCCUCCUAAAAACAACAUUUAAUUGCAUUAUACUUAAAAGGCUACCAUGCAAAUGUACUGCUAUUUCAGAUACACCAACAUUAUACUUAGUACAUUACAAAAAUACAAUAACACUUAAGUUCCCUCGACUGCACUAUUUUGGGUAUACUGUUUUGUAAGAAGGAUGAAGAUUUACCUUGUACUUAAAUUAUAUUAAUGUCUUUGGUCAAAUAUAAAUAUACAAUAAUAUACUUUAAAAUGUAAACAUCAAAUAUAAAAUAGUCAUUUAACUAAAUUUAAAUAAUAUUUUAAGUAUGACAAGAAGAAAAAAGUAAAUAUAUAAAUACAAUUAUUGUUAAUAUUGACUGUAUAUGGAUUACAUUUGUACAAAUCUGUUGACAAUAAACACCUGUUUUAUUCACUGUC